AUGAGUGAUUAUAAUACAGCUACAACACCAUUAAAAAUUGGAGCAAAGUUGAAAAAGGAAACAAAUGAUGAGUUUGUAAGUGCAACACUGUACAAAAAAAUCAUUGGAUCUUUGAGAUUCAUGGAAAACCCCCAAAAGUGUUAUCUUGUUGCAGUGAAGAGAGUGUCAAGAUGCAUUAAAAGUACAAUUGAUCAUGGUGUGCUGAUGUCGAGGAAGAAGAAUGUCACCAUAGAUACAGAGGUACAUGGUUACACUAAUUUAGAUUUCAAUGGAGAUCAAAACGAGAAGAAGAGUAUUGUAGGCUACAUAUUCAUGAUUGGAGGUGUCCAAAUCUCAUGGAGUUCAAGAAAGCAAAACAUUGUGGCUUUGUCAUCUUGUGAAGGUGAGUAUGUGGUUACAUCAUAUGUAAUAUAUCAAACAACAUGGAUAGAGAUGUUGCUCGAAGAGCUCAAGAUAAUGAAACCUAAGAAAAUGAAGUUGUUUGUCAAUAACAAGUCGGUUAUCAGCUUGGCAAAUCAUCCAGUGUGUCAUGGUUAA